CCAAAGCAAGACCAAAGCAAUAUCCAAAGCAACGGAACACUUGAGACAAACCUUCACCGAGCUGAAGUAAACAAAAGCUUCUGCACUAAGCACCAAAACAGAGCUUCCGUACUGAGCACAAAACAGAGCUUCCGCACGGCCUGAUACUUUCACCCACACUUCUCUGGCUUCUCACUAGCAUCACCAUGGCUGUCCAGCAUUAAAGUACAAGGUUUUCAGGUGGAAAGGUUGAAAUUGCUAAGGCCUAUGAAAAGGUGGAGCAGCAUGCCUCAGUGUAUUAACAGACCAGAAAUACUUUCAAGGAGGCUUUGAGAAUUUGGAGAAGAUAAGGAAUUCAGGAGUGAAGUGCCCUUUGUUAUGCAAAAAGUUUGUUAUAGAUGCUUGGCAAAUAUACUAUGCUCGCACAAAAGGCGCAGAUGCAAUCCUGUUAAUUGCUGCUGUUUUACCAGAUCUUGAUAUCAAAUACAUGACUAAGAUCUGCAAAUUGCUUGGUUUAACACCACCUGUGGAGGUACAUGAUGAGAGGGAGAUGGAUCGUGUUCUUGGGAUUGAUGGGAUUGAACUUAUUGGAAUAAACAACCGUAACCUCGAAACAUUUAAGGUUGACAUCAGCAAUACUAAAAAUCUUCUUCAAGGAGAACGUGGGAGAAUAAUCCGAGAAAGAGGCAUAAUUGUCGUUGGUGAGUCUGGACUUUUUACACCUGCUGAUAUUGCAUACGUGCAAGAAGCUGGCGUCAAAGCGAUAAAUGCUAUUCAUACUAGCUUUUGGAAGAUAUCUAUGGUUAUGGUUGAAGAAUGUUGAAGACAAAAUUGCCUUUUGCUCAUGGAGUGGUUCAUUUAGAUGUUUUUCAAUUUCUUAAACUGUGAUUGCUUUUGUAAAUGUACCUUAUGUACAAGUGAUAUUUUGGACAAAUGUUAUUUUUGUAGGCAUUAGUUGGGUAAUGUACACUUGAAUUUGGCAUUUGAGACUGCUAUAUUAUUAACAUGUAAUCUAAUGCAAAUACUUUUGGUUAUCAA